CCCGAGGGCUGCGCAGGGAACACGGGGCCCCGCCAACGCCAGGCCGCGCUCCCUCGCGUUCCCUGCAGCUCGUGCCCGGGCGGCCGCCGCAGUCCCCGCGCCGUAGCCGGGCGUGGGGUCCAGGGGGCGCUGUGGCCCAGCGGCGCCGGCGGCAGGAGCGGCCACGGCGACGCUGGAGGCUUGACGGAGGAUCCCCGCUUGCAGCACCUCGGUUGUCCCGCCGCAGCCUUGCGCCCCCGGCCCGGCUCAGCGGCGCUCCUUCGGGAUCCGCGUGGCUGCGGCGGCCCGGGAGCCCGAUGAGGCUCGGCGGGCGCUGGGCCUCAGCAGCAGCGGCAACCACAGCUCCUUCAGGAGUGGGAGGCUUCGCGGCGGCGCCUGGGGCCGGGCCGGUGCCCUCCGGAGGAGGCUGUCUGCUCAGGGACGACCCCCACGGCCAUGCUGAGGUGGCGGCGGCCGCUGCUCGAGCAUCAAACAGAGCAUACUGAAACAGCAGGACUGCCUGGCGGUGCAGCAAGCAUCAUGAGUAAGCACAGAGAAGUCUGUUCCUUAUCACGUGUGUAAGGGAAAAAAGAUUUAAACAAGUCUCUUGAGUGGUGUUUUCUCACCGAUGGAGAAUUACUUCCAAGCAGAAGCUUACAACCUGGACAAGGUGUUAGAUGAAUUUGAACAAAACGAAGAUGAAACCGUUUCUCCUAUUUUAUUGGAUACAAGGUGGAAUAAGAUUCUAGAUCCCCCUUCUCCCCGACUGUCAUUUAACCCUGCAUUGGCCAGUGUGAAUGAACCUACAGUUUCUGAGUCACAGCCACAGCUGAAAGUCUUCUCCCUGGCUCAUUCAGCUCCUCUUAACACAGAGGGAGAGGACCAUUGUGCUAAUGGACAGGACUGUAGUCUGAAUCCAGAGACCAACACAAUGUGGAUUGAUGAAAAUGCGGUUGCAGAAGACCAGUUAAUUAAGAGGAACUGUAAUCAAGAUGAUCAAUGCGGUACUGUCGAAGUGGGAGAGAAGAAAUGUGGAAACCUUCCUUGUCUGCCAGAUGAGAAGAGCGUUCUUGUUGUAGCCGUCAUGCAUAACUGUGAUAAAAGGACAUUACAAAGCGAUUUGCAGGAUUGUAAUAAUUAUAAUAGUCAAUCCCUCAUGGAUGCUUUUAGCUGUUCACUGGAUAACGAAAACAGACAAACUGAUCAAUUUAGUUUAAGUGUAAAUGGGUCCACUGAAAAAGAUAUGAACUCAGAGAAACAAAUGGAUCCAUUGAGUAGACCAAAUGCAGAGGGGGAUUCUGUUAAAUACAUAUGUACUACUUCAUCUGAUAAUCUAGCCAAUGUCUGUACCCCUUCACAGUUACAGGAUGAUGAAAAUAUAGAUAGAGACCCCACCAUGUCUGUGAUUACAAGUUUAACACCAGAUUCAGUAAUCUCAUCCCAGGGAACAGAUGAAGGUCCUGCUGUAAAGCAAGAGGACUCUACACCAGAUGAGGUUCUCACUGGCAAAACCAGCUCUCCUAGGACAGAUCUAGGGAGUCCAAACUCCUUUUCCCACUUGAGUGAGGGAAUUUUGAUGAAAAAAGAGCCAGCAGAGGAAAGAACAACUGAAGAAUCCAUCCAGUCUGGUUUACCUUUGCUUCUCAAAGCUGACAUGCCUAAUGGGUCUGGCAGGGAUGAUAACGGUGAACAGUUUUCAGAUUGCCUUGUGCCUGGUGAAGUUAGAGCUGACGAAAAUGAAGGCUGUAAACAUGAAGAAAUUCUUGGCACUACAGAACUUCUUAAUAUGACCGAGCAUUUCUCUGAAUCUCAGGAGAUGAUUAAUUGGAAAUUGACUAAACCAAACAAGAUGAAUGACAGCCAAGUAAAUAAAGAAAAUGAGAAGUUUCUGCACAUGAAUCAGCCUGAAGAUACUUACGAUGAUAGUGGAGGAGAGUGUGAUAGAAUGGCAGAAGCAGGUCUAGAUUUAAAACAAACUUGCAUGAAUGAAAGUGAAGGAUGCGAUUUCUCCACUGUUAUGGAUACACCAGCAGCAAAUUCACUAUCUAACUGUUGUGAUUCCUAUGGAAUGCAGAGCCCAGUUGUUUGUUUUGUUCCAAAGACUUUACCUUCCAAAGAAGAUUCAGUAACAGAAGAAAAGGAAAUAGAGGAGAGCAAGUCAGAAUGCUACUCAAAUAUUUAUGAACAGAGAGGAAAUGAAGCCACAGAAGGGAGUGGACUACUUUUAAACAGCACUGGUGACCUAAUGAAGAAAAAUUACUUACACAAUUUCUGUAGCCAGGUUCCAUCAGUGCUUGGGCAAUCUCCACCCAAGAUAGUAGCAAACCUGCAAUCUAUCAGUGUUCCUUUUGGUGGUGCAAGACCCAAGCAACCUUCUAAUCUUAAACUUCAAAUUCCAAAGCCAUUAUCAGACCAUUUACAAAAUGACCUUCCUGCAAACAAUGGAAAUAAUAUUAAAAACAAAAAUGAUGUUCUUGGGAAAGCAAAAUUAGGGGAAAACUCAGCAACCAAUAUAUGCAAUGCCUCUUUGGGAAAUAUCUCUAUCGCUGAUACAAAUGGGGAACAUUUAGAAAGUUAUGAGUCUGGGAUAUCCAGUAGACAGUGCGUUGCAUUACCUCCAGAAAGCCCAGAUAAUGAUCUCAGAGCUGGUCAGUUUGGAAUUUCUGCUAGAAAGCCAUUUACCACUCUGGGUGAAGUGGCUCCAGUAUGGGUACCAGAUUCUCAGGCUCCAAAUUGCAUGAAAUGUGAAGCCAGGUUUACAUUCACCAAAAGGAGGCAUCAUUGCAGAGCAUGUGGGAAGGUUUUCUGUGCUUCCUGCUGUAGCUUGAAAUGUAAACUGUUAUACAUGGAUAGAAAGGAAGCUAGAGUAUGUGUAAUCUGCCAUUCAGUGCUAAUGAAUGCUCAAGCCUGGGAGAACAUGAUGAGUGCCUCAAGCCAGAGCCCUAACCCUAACAAUCCUGCUGAAUACUGUUCUACUAUCCCUCCCUUGCAGCAAGCUCAGGCCUCAGGAGCCCUGAGCUCUCCACCUCCCACUGUGAUGGUACCUGUGGGAGUUUUAAAGCACCCUGGAGCAGAAGUGGCUCAGCCCAGAGAGCAGAGGCGAGUUUGGUUUGCUGAUGGGAUCUUGCCUAAUGGAGAAGUUGCUGAUGCAGCCAAAUUAACCAUGAAUGGAACUUCCUCUGCAGGAACCCUGGCUGUGUCACAUGACCCAGUCAAGCCAGUAACUACCAGUCCCCUAUCAGCAGAGACGGAUAUUUCUCUAUUCUCUGGAAGUAUAACUCAGGUUGGAAGUCCUGUUGGCAGUGCAAUGAACCUUAUUCCUGAAGAUGGCCUUCCUCCCAUUCUCAUCUCCACUGGUGUAAAAGGAGACUAUGCUGUAGAAGAGAAACCAUCACAGAUUUCAGUAAUGCAGCAAUUGGAGGAUGGUGGCCCUGACCCACUUGUAUUUGUUUUAAAUGCAAAUUUGUUGUCAAUGGUUAAAAUUGUAAAUUAUGUGAACAGGAAGUGCUGGUGUUUCACAACCAAGGGAAUGCAUGCAGUGGGUCAGUCUGAGAUAGUCAUUCUUCUACAGUGUCUACCGGAUGAAAAAUGCUUGCCGAAGGAUAUCUUUAACCAUUUUGUGCAGCUUUAUCGGGAUGCUCUGGCAGGGAAUGUUGUAGGCAACUUGGGACAUUCCUUCUUCAGUCAAAGUUUCCUUGGCAGUAAAGAACAUGGCGGAUUCUUAUAUGUGACAUCUACUUACCAGUCACUGCAAGACCUAGUACUCCCAACCCCACCUUACUUGUUUGGGAUUCUCAUCCAGAAAUGGGAAACUCCUUGGGCUAAAGUGUUUCCCAUCCGACUAAUGUUGAGACUUGGAGCCGAAUAUCGACUUUAUCCUUGCCCACUGUUCAGUGUCAGAUUUCGGAAGCCAUUGUUUGGAGAGACGGGGCAUACCAUCAUGAAUCUUCUUGCAGACUUUAGAAAUUACCAGUAUACAUUGCCAGUAGUUCAAGGUUUGGUGGUUGAUAUGGAAGUUCGGAAAACCAGCAUCAAAAUUCCCAGCAACAGAUACAAUGAGAUGAUGAAAGCCAUGAACAAGUCCAAUGAGCAUGUCCUGGCAGGAGGUGCCUGCUUCAAUGAGAAGGCAGACUCUCAUCUCGUGUGUGUCCAGAAUGAUGAUGGCAACUAUCAGACCCAGGCUAUCAGUAUUCACAAUCAACCCAGAAAGGAUGGCGUUAUGGUCCAGAUCACUGCAGAGAACAUGGAUGCCUUGAGGCAGGCGCUGCGGGAGAUGAAGGACUUCACCGUCACCUGUGGCAAGGCAGAUGCCGAGGAUCCCCAGGAGCACAUCCACAUCCAGUGGGUGGAUGACGACAAGAAUGUCAACAAGGGUGUCAUAAGUCCCAUAGAUGGGAAGUCCAUGGAGUCUAUAACAAGUGUGAAGAUAUUCCAUGGAUCAGAGUAUAAAGCAAAUGGAAAAGUCAUCAGAUGGACAGAGGUGUUCUUCCUAGAAAAUGAUGACCAGCACAGUUGCCUGAGUGAUCCCGCAGAUCACAGCCGACUGACCGAGCAUGUUGCCAAGGCUUUUUGUCUUGCUCUGUGUCCCCACCUGAAGCUUCUGAAGGAAGAUGGAAUGACUAAACUGGGACUACGUGUGACACUUGACUCAGAUCAGGUUGGCUACCAAGCAGGGAGCAAUGGCCAGCCCCUUCCCUCGCAGUACAUGAACGAUCUGGACAGCGCUUUGGUGCCGGUGAUCCAUGGAGGGGCCUGCCAGCUCAGUGAGGGCCCCAUCGUCAUGGAACUCAUCUUUUAUAUUCUGGAAAACAUCGCAUAGACAGAGAGGACUUCAUUUUUUUCUGUUCAGACCUGUUGCAACAGCAGUCAUACCCAAAUCAUUUGCACUUUAGAACUGGAAAAUUAAGAUUUUGUUAACACUAUUAAUGGGGGAGGGGGGGGGGGGGGUUUGGGGGACGGGGUGGGAAAGGGUGGGUGGGGGGACAGAUGUUCCAUAAUUCUAAGUCUUCUAUGCAUUGUCCACCGAGAAGAUCUGGGCAGCUUCUGUUACUGCACCACAGUUACGCUAUCCUUGCAGCUAAUCCCCUUCUGUUACUGUUUAGACAAGAGUUCUGCUCCUCUGUUUUAAGACUUACUUUUGGUCUUGUGCUCAGAAAUGUUCAGAUGGGUACAGCCAUCACCAAGGGUGGGGUGGGAGGGCAGAGGGGAAAUAAAAAAUGAAGCAUCAGUCUUGAACUCUUUGUAUAGGAUGGAUAUAAAAAGGACAGUUUCACGCUGAUCUUGUCCCAGUUACAUCACAGCAACUUCAAGUAGGAGUCACACUUAGAUUUUUUGUUUUUACUAGAUUAUUUAUUGAAGUGAAUCAAAGACCCAAAGGAUUAUCUCUCUUCUAUUCAAGGAAGGGCGACUCAGUGUAAAUGAGGUCACCUGGAUAGUAGAGCCAAUUACAGGAUCUCUCAAGAUCUGCCAGAGUGGAUGAGACACUGAAUCGGGCCUUUCUGUGAAAGCUGACAGAAUAUACCCAAGACAUUUU